AUGCUUACAGUGACAUGUAGCUGUGGACGUUUGCGCCAGCAGAGACGCUGUGGUGCCUCCAAGGCUGUCACGUCCAAGGGCCAAAUCCAACAACCGGAGCGGCUGCCUACGCUGACUCCGUUGACUUGCGACGACGAGUGCACCCGUUUGGAGCGCAAUCGAUCUUUAGCCUCUGCUCUCGGAAUUGAUAUCAACCCAAGUACGACAGUGCAGGCUUUCACCUCCAGCAACCUUCCAUAUUCCACUGAAACCCUUGAUCAGUACGUAAAACUCGCAUCUUCAGUCCCUCUGUCGACACUGCAAACAUACGAGGCAACCUUGCACUCCCUGGCAACCGAUCCCACGAACCGGUCCAUCCGCUUCCAGCCGGCCAAAUCGACCCUCCGGUCAUUCAGCCAUUCUCUUGCGACGGACUGGGGCUUCAACACUGAAAGUCACGAUCCUGAGCCCCACCGCCAUGUCUUCGUUCUCAAGCCUCUUGCCUGGACACCACCAGUUUUUGGUAUGGGAACUGGUUCGUCCAUUGGCAUUGGCGGCAUAAGUGUCCGCGAGUGUGUCAAACUCCGCGAGCGAGAGAUGACCAAAGAGCGAGAUGCGCAACGUGCAGCCGCUCUCGAGGCUAAGGCUACCCGUGAUGCUGCCAAAACGCAAGCAGGUUCCGACGGCUGGGCUCAGGUUGCUUCUCGGAGCAAGGGUAGUGCUUCUAGUACGAGGAGCACUACGCCGAUCCAGAGCUCGUUCACUGGUCGGACCAUGUUCUCUGCUCUUGACCAAAAUAGAAACAUGCCUUCUGACUCCAAAAAGGAGCGGUUGGUCCUUCGCUCUGGCGUUGGGGCUAGCAAGUCUUUGCGCUCGCAGCCUUAUGCUGAAGUUGUUGAUAACUGGGAGGAAGCAGAGGAGAAGGAAGAGGAGGAGGAACGAGAAGAUGAGAAAAUGAAUGCUGAGACGCUGGAGAGUGCGCCUGAAGCUUCUGAAGCUCCUGAAGCUCCUGUCCUCGAAGCUUCUGUCCCUGAUGCCCUGGAGGAGCAGGAUGAGCCAGCCGAUGCCAGUGGAGUGCCAACUAUUACUGUGGUCACUGCGGCUGAUGUAACAGACUCAGAGGCUUAG